AUGACUGAUCGACGAAGAAUCAAUGGGCCGCCCAGCGACACAAGGCCUGCGGUCUUCGCCUCGUCGCUCAAAUCUACAACUGGUACUGCAUCUGGCAGGCCACAACGGCAAAGGCAGCCAAAUGAACUGCGCAAGAUAUUCCUCAGGACUGGCUUGAUCCCCUCCGCAUCUGGCUCCGCAUACCUCGAAUUCGAACCCUCAGCCUCCCUCGCCGCUGCACGCUCUUCUCCUCAAUCUCUCAUCCCUCCUUCUUCAGCUCUGAAGCUUGCAUGCACCGUUCACGGACCUAAACCGCUUCCCCGCUCUGCUACAUUCUCGCCCAACCUUGUUCUCACCACUCAUGUCAAAUAUGCGCCGUUCGCUGCCCGCAGGAGGAAAGGGCACGUCCGAGACGCUAGCGAACGGGACCUGGGUGUGCAUUUAGAGACCGCGCUGCGGGGUGUUGUUGUUGCUGAACGGUGGCCGAAGAGUGGAUUGGACAUCACAAUUACGAUCUUAGAGGCUGAAGAUGAUCGGUGGUGGGGCGAUGCGCCAGACUCUCAUGAUGCUCCGUGGGGAAUGAUGAAUGUUCUGGCUGGAUGCAUCACGGCUGCCUCUGCGGCUAUUGCGGACGCGCGGAUCGACUGUUUGGACCUCGUGGCUGGCGGCGUAGCUGCUCUUGUUUCUGACGAGUCCGCGGAGGGAGAAAAGUCAACGCCGAAGCUUAUGCUGGAUACAGACCCGGCUGAACAUCGGUCUAUCCUGUCAGCAUGUGUAGUCGCAUAUAUGCCUUCUCGGGAUGAGAUUACAGAAAUAUGGCUCAAGGGGGAUAGUUCGAAGGUGCUAUUAGGGCCCGAUGACAAGCGCUCGGGGCAUGACGCUUUGAUAGAUGGGGCGGUGGACGCUGCUCGGGGAGCGCAUACGGUUCUGGCAGAGGCAGUGAGGGAAUCUGCUGAACGGUUUGCCGGCCUUGCUACAGUUUGA